GGAGCAUGUGGGCAGAACUGAUCUCAUAAAGAGGUGAACAGGCAGCCUCUAACUUUUAAUCACACUUUACACCAAAGAGAAGCCACGAGAGGAGAGCGCUUAAUCAACACUCCACGGCAGGUGAGACGCUCAGGUCACACACAGACAGGAAAAAAGGGGUUGAUCUGUGGAGAGUCAGCUGGUUCCAGAAAUGAUAAGCAUCUUCAUUGAUGUCAACGCCUGGUGACCUGACGAGACUUCGGGAACUGUUAAAAGCUGUGAAGGUACAGGUUCUGGUGGCAACAUGACUGAGACAUGAACUUGGGACUCAUAUCUGACUAACUCAAGAUACCACAUUGAGAAAGACAACAGGUGCAUAUUGUGUGAAACCAACCAGAAACUUGUACAUCUCAUCUGGGCAGGUGAUAAUGGAGUCUGCUUUCUCACAAGUAAGUUGGGAACCUGAGGGAGAAGCUGAGGAAGCAUCUCUAAGGGGUUUGGGCUUGCGUCGCAAACGCGAAUUCAUCCCAGAGGAGAAGAAAGAUGCAAUCUACUGGGAAAAACGGCGCAAGAACAAUGAAGCAGCCAAACGUUCACGAGAAAAACGAAGGGUCAACGACUAUGUUCUGGAGACACGAUUGGUUUCGUUGAGUGAGGAGAAUGCUCGUCUACGAGCCGAACUGUUGGCGCUAAAGCUUCGGAAUGGUGUUCUCAGCCCUGGGGCGCCUUAUUCCUCAUCUCAAAGGGCCUUGUCUCAACUUCACCCACUGGCCCCACAACCUCUGGUCUCUUGCCCAGACAAAGACCUCUACUGGGCUAGAAGGGAAGACAGAGAAUCUUCCAAUCUGUCAAGAAACCAGCAGCCACCCAUUGGUUUGGGUACCCACCCUGGGUCAGCAUUCCUGCCUACACACCCUAUAGCCUUACGAAGAAAGUACCCAUACUUUCUAGAAUUUCCCAGCGUCCAUUCUCCUACAACUACACCUUUACUCUUACCGCCACACUUUGCCUCAGCAGCCACCCCUUGGGCAGGUAGACCCCUGCUCCAGCCAGGGAAUCAGAGGAUUUUGUCAGACGAAGAAGGUGAACAGCAGGUGCCGGCAGAUUCCACCGCUGCACUGCCCCAUAAACUCAGACUGAAGACGCUAAACUCACAGCGCAAAGACAAUGGAGCUAAAUCUGCAUCUCCGAUCCCAGUAUAUAUGUCAGAUUGAAAGAAAAAUAGGCUCUAGGGUAGAAUGACUCCGCAGUUAUGAGUCAUCCUGCUUAUUUGCCACAGUUUCCAAAUGUCAAAACUGUAAUUAUUUUGUGUGUUCAAUAGUUCCAUUAUCAAGGUGGAAAGAGGCAACUUUGAAUUGGGAUCAUGGAAGAUAGUACAUGGGAAGCUUUUUUAAUAUUUGACAUAUUCACCUCUUUUUUUUUUUAUUUUAAUGAAUUUGUCAUGGAUCCCGUAACAUCCAUGUUUUCUAAUUAGGAAAAUAACUACUAUUUGAUUGAUGAAAAGGAAUCUGAUGUCACACUGUCCUCGGGAAUUAAAUGGUUACUUCUGAUACCUCAAAGUUAUUCUGUGAAAAGACAGAAAAAGAACUGAAUAAGAGGUUGAAUCUGUACAUACUGGAACAUUUUAAAUUUGGGUAUCAUGAGUAAACCAUUAUCCAAAGCCCACUGUAUGAUGAUAGCAGUACUGGUUGUCAGUUUCUUAUCUCAGGAAUAAAUGACUGUUUAACAGCCAAAAAAAUAAGGCAUAUGUAGAUGAGAUCAAAAUGUUUAGGGUCAUUUUAGUUAUUAACACAGACAAAUCUUCAAAAGUUAUCAGUCAGUGUUGUAAAUACAAUCAAUAGAACUGCAUUUGACCCAGUGCUCAACAUGUUUAUACAGUGCCGAUACAAAGUAUGAGUAUAGCUGCUGUAAACAAGCAUUUCAUUUUUGUAAACACACAAUAUGCUUUUAAAAGAUUUGUAAUACUUAUAGAGUGCUGCCCUUUGAUGAUGCUUUAACUAUUCUGUUCAAUUUAUACCAUACAAUUUCUGAUUAACUCCAAGGCAUUUGAGCAAUUGAGUUGCCUUUUAUCUUACAUUUUCAAUAAAAAAAAGAACCAUUUUUUUUUUUUUUUUUUUUUUUUUUUUUUUGUGGGAGGGGUGUUAUCCUGCAUAAUUCUCAUUUCUGGCUCUUAAAGGGAUAGUUCUCCUAAAAAUACAAAUUCUCUCAUAAUUUACUCAUCCUCAUGUCAUCUCAGAUGUGUAUGACUUUCUUUCUUCUGCAGAACACAAACAAAGAUUUUUAGAAGAAUAUCUUAGUUCUGUAGGUCCAAACAAUGCAAGUGAAUAGUGACCAGAACUCCAAAAGCUCCAAAAAGGAGAUAACGUCAGCAUAAAAGUAAUCCAUAAGACUCCAGUGGUUAAAGGAAUAGUUCACCCAAAAAUGAAAAUUUGCUGAUCAUUUACUCACCCUCAGGCCAUCCAAGAUGUAUCUGAGUUUCUUUCUUCAUCAAAACAGAAUUUAAGACUUUUAGGAUUUCAUUUCAGGCCUCCUCCUCUAAACAAUGCAAGUGAAUGUCCUCCAUUUUUUGACGGUCCAAAAUGCAUAUUUAGGGUGCAUCAAAAUAAUCCACACGAUUCCAGUCGACAAAUAAAGUUCUUCUGAAUGCAAACGAUUGAUUAUUUUUAGAAACAAAACAAUACUUAUAUACUUUUUAACUACAAAUGUUCGCAUGAGAGGGAUGACGUAAGCUCGUUGGUAAGGUCACGCGUCACGUGGAGGAGGAGUCAGGAAGCGUCUCAUUGUUUACAAGAGAAACUACAAGAGAACCGUUCACAAACCAAAACAGUCCAAAACUAUUUCAAAACAAUAUAAAAUAAAAUAAAAAAUAAUUUCCAAAUAAUAAUAAUUAAAAAAAACUAUGUAAACAAUGACGCGCUUCCUGACUCCUCCUCCACGUGAUGCGUGACCUUACCAUCAAGCUUACGUCAUCCCUGUCAUGAGCGCACGUCACAGAGAUGUAUGGAAGCGAACAUAUAUAGUUAAAAAGUAUAUAAAGAUUGUUUUGUUUUUGGACCUUCAAAAUUCUUGCCAACAUUCACAUGCAUUGUCUGGACAUACAGAACUGAGAUAUUCUUCAAAAAGAAAAAAUCAUACACAUCUGGGAUGGCAUGAGGGUGUGUAAAUGAUAAGAACAUUUUCAUUUUUGGGUGAACUAAUCCUUUAAGUAAGCUGUGAUAGCUAUGUUAAUUAAGCAUGGCAUGGUUCAUUAAGCAUUGCAAGAGUGGCAACUCUGUCACCAGCAAAGCAACUUUACACAGCCUCCUACAUGUGUUUAAAAUAGAAACCACUCUUGCAGAAAGCAUACAGUAAAUUCACAUUUUUUGUGUCAACCCUCAGCAGUUAGGGACCAAUAUCUCUGAGGCAAGGUGUGGACUGAGUGGUCAACAAAAUCAACCACCACACCUCAAACCUUUAGCUUUUGCAGUUUUGGGGGUAAGCAAAUAUCUUCAUAUUUUUCACUUGUAUCAUUGUUUGUUUUCGCAACUUAGACACUUACACCAGCUUUGCAAAAUCUCCUUCUGAACCGUUCAUGUUGAAACAUCUCCACAUUCAGUACCUAUCAGCUGUGCUAUAGAUCUAUGACUCAUUAAAAAGAGUUAAUAAAAAUAUGUCUGACUUUGUUCAUUAUUCACAAGUGACACUUUCUUCAAAUUAUUUAAUAGCCUUAGCCACAGAUUUAUUCUAAAUGGAUGCUUUCUUUAUUUGUUCAUUUACAUUAAGGAUUGGCAACCAUGUGUCAGUGCUAACUGUAUUUUAUUAAUUUUGAACCCUGGCAUGUUAACAACUGUUGACAAACCAUUAGCUUAAAUGCUAAUUAAUGAGGAAGAUAUCUAACCCUGAUACUAUGCUUGUGUUUAAAUGUCGACUCAGUACUAUGGCCCUAGAGAAGUGGAUAGUACUUUUGAAAAAUGUUUUAAAUCAUGUACACUCGCGUGAGUUGAAACUUCCAGUGAAAUUAGCAGCCUAAUAAAACUUGUUGCAUUGCCUUAAGGCAGACAACAUGUUGAAAUCACAUGACCAGUGAAAUACUACUCACUUUAUAUAUAAUAAUAAAUUAAUUAUGGCUGACUGUGUACAGUGUAUUUGUACAAUGGUAUACGUAACAACAUGAAAAAUUAACCCUGAGUUUACACUUUUAAGACUUUCUUUUGACUGACCACAUCAUUUUAAUUAGCAUGUUGUAUUUAUUAAUGCAAAUCACUUUUGCUUAUGAGAUUUUUGUUCAUGAGUUCAGGUCCCUGAAUAUGAUAUAAAGUGUUAAAGCUGUGGUGUGUAAUUUCUAUGCCACUGGCAUCACCAAACAGGAAUAUUAAAAAUAAACACUGUUUUCAAACAGAUUCCAGAAAACUCCUUCCAACUUCCAUUGGUUGUACAAACAAAUAGUCUCACCCCAACCACACAACAUUGGGCCAAUGUUGCUGGACUUUUUUGAGAUACAGUUUUGAUGUAUAGGUCUCUGCGGAACAAUAAUGGGCGUUUUCAAACCGGGAUUGGCAUUUCUAAACUAUCCAAUAAAAGAAGGAAAUCUAAAUGUAGUAAGCAAAUUGUGUAACGUGGUUGAAAAACUCCCACUGAUUGGGAAAAGCCCAUUUUUGUUCUGUAGAGACAUCAGUCUCAUAAUUUUAACACAUUUAGGUGAAAUGUCUUAACAUUCACUAUUUUUGCAAUUCCAAUUUGUCCCGCUAGUGCUGCUGAAAUUACACACUUUAUCUAUUGUGGUUUCUUUUUGUGUUCAUAAAUGAUUAAUGCUGGCAAUAAUUACAAGAAGUAAUCCAAUCAUUUUAUUGGAUUAAUAACUGACAGCUCUACCACUGGUUAUUUUUAUACAUUUUAUAGAAAACUUUGUCAUAUUACAAUUAAGUUGUAUGAUCCUCAUCUUGAGAAUUUUUUCAUUUUUACAA